UGAGUGUGCGUGUUGUUAUUGUCGUGCUCAUGCGCGCCAUCGUAAAGUUUGUUUUGAUUCAUCGUUCAGCUUCAUAUUUUGGAAAUAUGUAUCUCUCUAGUACUUUGCCAACGUGAACUGCUUCGAAGUGAUUCACCGAUGUAUUUUUAAUGGUUUGAUUAAUAUCGGUCGGUUAUAUCGGUUACCUUGAUAUCUUCCUUUUAAAAAUAAGGAAAUAGCUUCCAAAAAAUUUAUCAUAUCCACUCGCCCUAUUACCAAUGAUUAUUAACUCUUACAUUUUUUAGGUCUUCAGACGAAGAUUCAAUGGCAGUGAAACGUAUAAUUGUUGGAAGCAAAAUAUAAACGUAUGUUCUCGACUUUAUAACAAUUAUAUUAGACGAACGCCAACAAACUUAAAGAAUAUUUGGUUCAUUAUAUAGAGAACUACCAGGAGAUUGCUGCAAAAGGAAAAAUAAAAUUUGAUGCUACUCAAAUCUAGUAUGUUUAGGCCUGCCCAACCUUUUCGAACCGCGGUCCAAACCUCAGAAACAUCAUUUGAUGGCGGGUCAAAUUGCUUGCAGUGCACAAGCAAAUCCAUUUUCAUAAAAUCUAACAAAAUACAGAAGCUUUUUUUUUAAAUGAUCCCACCGAGAACUUUUUGAGAAUACUCUGGAUUGAUACAUCUAGCCUAGCUUUUUGAUGGAAUUCGAGAUUUUAUAAGACACCUUCUCAUAUAUUUUUUGCAGAAAACCACAUAGUCCCCUGAGAGAGAAUCAUGGGCAAGUAUCUUUAGGAGAUUUUUUGUUCUAAAUCUAGCACUUAAUUCUAACAACUCUUAAGGAUUGCAGGCUAUUUUCCAGUAGGAACAUAUUGCCAACGAAAAUAAGAAGUUAACGCUAAUAACUUUGGGUAAAUUCUUCUGGAUGCGUCUCUCCCUCAAAACAUUCAUCGAUAGCAGCAACAAACAAAAUAAACGUUCUCCCUAUUUUCAAACGUCGAGACCAUUCUCGCCCUUUCUGUAGCUAUUUGUAUUCAUUCAACCAGUUCAAUGAAAGAACCACUGUAUUUGCCCCUAUCUCGAAGCAUUACCCACUCACACAAAGCAAUGAAAUAUGCGACAUAAAACCGAACGAACGACAGGCAGUCAGGCAGCAGAGACACCGAGAGCGGUCGAGUAGCUCAUCGAAACUGCUCGAUCCUUCAUGGAAAGCGCUCGAACUUUCUAGAUCUGCUCGCUUCCACUAUAUAAGCGCCCGGUUCGAGCAGCUCUCGUCAUAACAGUUCAAGCAAGAGAACGAAUCACAAGCAAGAGCAAUAAAGCGCCAAAACGCAAAUCUACGCAAGUGAAAAGCAAAUUUCAACGUGAAACAAGUUAAAACAGUGAAAUAAGUAAAUACAGUGAAAAAGUGUAUUAUUUCGAAUCAAAAAGUGUUAAACAUCAGUACGAAAGCAAAAAUGUCUGCAAUCGGAAUCGAUUUGGGAACGACCUACUCCUGUGUGGGAGUGUUCCAACACGGCAAAGUGGAAAUCAUCGCCAACGACCAGGGAAAUCGAACAACCCCCAGCUAUGUGUCAUUCUCUGACACGGAGCGGCUGAUUGGCGAUGCCGCCAAGAACCAGGUGGCCCUCAAUCCGCAGAACACCGUUUUUGACGCCAAACGAUUGAUUGGACGACGGUUCGACGAUCCAAAAAUCCAGGCCGAUAUCAAACACUGGCCCUUCAAGGUGUUCAACGAUGCUGGCAAACCGAAGAUCGAAGUCGAAUUCAAGGGAGAGAAGAAACGAUUCGCUCCGGAAGAAAUCAGCUCCAUGGUUCUGGUUAAGAUGAGAGAAACCGCUGAGGCCUAUUUGGGAAAAAAUGUUAAGAAUGCAGUCAUCACAGUUCCAGCAUAUUUCAACGAUUCCCAGCGACAGGCCACAAAAGACGCCGGAGCCAUUGCAGGACUCAAUGUGAUGCGAAUCAUCAAUGAACCGACGGCAGCUGCAUUGGCCUACGGUCUGGACAAGAAUCUCAAAGGCGAACGAAACGUCCUGAUCUUCGAUUUGGGUGGUGGCACAUUCGACGUGUCCAUUCUGACCAUCGACGAAGGAUCAUUGUUUGAGGUAAGAGCCACAGCAGGCGACACUCAUCUGGGAGGAGAGGACUUCGACAAUCGCAUGGUGUCACACUUCGUUGAAGAAUUCAAGCGCAAGUUCAAGAAAGACAUCUCAAACAAUCCUCGUGCUCUGCGACGAUUGAGAACGGCAUGUGAACGAGCGAAGCGCACAUUGUCAUCCAGUACUGAAGCUACGAUUGAAAUCGAUGCCCUGAUCGAUGGCAUCGACUACUAUACGAAAAUCUCCCGGGCUCGAUUUGAGGAACUGUGCUCGGAUCUGUUCCGUUCCACACUUCAACCAGUUGAGAAGGCUCUGUCUGACGCCAAAAUGGACAAGCGCUCAAUCCACGACAUCGUUCUGGUUGGAGGAUCAACUCGCAUUCCAAAAGUACAAAAUCUGCUGCAGAACUUCUUCUGUGGCAAAUCGCUGAAUCUAUCAAUCAACCCGGAUGAAGCUGUGGCGUACGGUGCGGCAGUUCAAGCAGCUAUCCUCAGUGGAGACAAGGACGAGAAGAUCCAAGAUGUGCUGUUAGUUGAUGUGGCUCCACUCUCACUGGGCAUCGAGACAGCUGGAGGAGUCAUGACCAAACUGAUUGAGCGCAACAGCCGAAUCCCAUGCAAGCAGACUCAGAUAUUCUCGACCUAUGCAGAUAAUCAGCCAGGAGUAUCGAUCCAGGUGUUCGAAGGAGAACGAGCAAUGACCAGAGACAACAACCGUCUGGGACAGUUCGACCUAUCAGGCAUUCCGCCUGCUCCAAGAGGUGUUCCUCAGAUUGAGGUCACAUUCGAUAUGGACGCCAACGGUAUUCUGAAUGUAUCAGCCAAGGAGAAGAGUACCGGAAAGGAAAAGAACAUUACGAUCAAGAACGACAAGGGUCGACUUAGCCAGGCUGAUAUCGAUCGAAUGGUGUCCGACGCAGAAAAGUACCGCGAAGAAGACGAAAAGCAACGCGAACGUGUCUCUGCCCGCAACCAGCUAGAAGGUUACUGCUUCCAGUUGAAGCAAUCCCUCGAAUCGGCCGGAGAUAAGCUGAGCGAGUCGGACAAGAACACCGUGAAGGACAAAUGCGACGAAACGCUCCGAUGGUUGGACGGAAAUACAAUGGCCGAGAAGGACGAGUUCGAACAUAAGAUGCAGGAGCUGAGUCGGGUCUGUAGUCCGAUUAUGACUCGGUUGCAUCAGGGUGGAGCGGCCGGAGCGGGAGCCUCUAGCUGUGGCCAACAGGCAGGAGGAUUCGGCGGCCGAACGGGACCAACCGUUGAGGAAGUUGACUAAA